AUGUGUGGCCCUCUCGGUUGCUUCGAAAGCAUCUUAAAAAUCUUGUGGGCCGUUAUCGCUUCCGUCAUCAACUCCCUCGUCACCCUAGUCAUCAUCGUCUGCACAGUAUCAUUCAUCGUAUGGGCCAUGCUCCGACACAAUGCCGUCAAGUUCCAAGUCGACGACGCAGAGCUAACGCAGUUCAGUUUUGGUCCAGACAACAACAACAACCUCCAUUACAAUCUCUCAGUCGUUUUCUCCAUCCGAAACUCUAACUCUCGUCUCGGAAUCCACUACGACAGGUUCGACGCUAGGGUUUAUUACGACAACAACUGGUUAGCAGCAGCGUCCGUGCCGUCGUUCUACCAGGGACACAAGUCCACGGUUGUCGUUGGAACGGUGUUCCAAGGCCAGAAUCUAGUGUUGCUCAGUGGUCACGGUCGGGAGAAAUUUGAAGAUGAUCGGCGCUCUGGUGUUUAUGGGUUCGACGUGGACCUGAAGUUAAGGGCUAGGCUUAUGUUUGGGCUUGUGAACACGUGGCUGUUUAAGCCACGUGUGAGGUGUGGAGUCAAGGUGCAGUUGCGCUCUUCUGAUUCUCUCAGAGGGUAUCAACCCCAAUCCACCGGCUGCCACAUUUAUUUCUGA